GGAGGUCAACAAGAAUCCAGUUAGCUUCACAAUCAAAUAUACAAACACAAUUAAAAAACCAAAGAAACAAUCCCAUUAAAAAAGUGGAAAAAACAGUGGCAUCAUUUAUUUCAAAAGAAUCAACAAAUAUAAAAAGUAAUAUUAAAAACAACAGUGAUAUCAAAGAUAUGGAAGUUACGGUCAUGAUAGAGCAACCCGAAGUAAUAAUUAACAAUGACAAUGAUAAAGGUAAAGGAAAACAAAUUGAUAUUGAAGAAUUGACAAUUGAUAUCGAAGAAAAUAACAGGAACGAAUGGACUGAAGUAACAAAUAAAAAGAAAAAGGCAAAAAACAUAGACAAUACGGCAAUAGAUCCUGAAGUAAUAGAAGAAGAUAAAGAAUCAGUAUUAUCAUAUGAGACUGAUAAUACCAUUAGAGCAAAAACUGAAUUAACCCUAGUCAGAAUAGAGAACAAUAGAAAAAAUAAAAUGAUCUCUGUAUUGUUUGACAACAAAGAAAAUAUGCAAGCCACACUGGAAGUAAAUGUAGGUACAGAUGCGCAAUUGCCCACCUACAUGCAUAGAGCACAAUCGUAUAAAAAUAAUACUUUGAAUAAAAGGAAAAUGGAAAUUAAAUUAUGGGACAUCCCUAUUGGAAUGUGGCAAUGGGCAAUCGCUGUCUUUAAAAAAGAAGAAGUAACUAAAGAACUUCUUAAUCAAUGGAGCAUAAUUAUUGGUGAGGACUCACUCCGUGUUACACCUACUGAUUGUAGUUAUGAUAAUCUCAUGACACGUGGUAAAUUUGCUGCAAGGAUGAUCAAUUUACCAUCUGGCAUCACAGCAAAAGAGAUUAUUCCUAACAUCAAAAUGAUUGGUGCACUUACUUGCUAUAUCCCUAGGUCUCGUAAUUAUAGACAUAGAAGCGAGGCAAUUAUCUCUUUUGUAAAUGAAGAGACACUAGAAGCGGCAAUUGGUAAAGAGUGGAAGGCAGGUGAAUUCAAUAUUAAAGUCACAAGCCUGACAGCAAAAACAUGCUACAGAUGUCACUCCAAGGAACAUAUCGCUAAAGAUUGUCCACGGUCAAUAAACGAAAGGAGAAUAGAAGUAACAAAAAAUGAAAAUUUUCUAAAAUUCAAAAAUAUUUACAAAAGACACAAUCCAAAAUUAUAUACAAACUUAAAUAAAAAAUUUGGUGAAAAAUCAUUUGCUGAGAAUUUCUUACAAGACAAACUCAAUCUUAAUUCUGAAACUAAUCAAUAUCAUAGUGAUUAUAAUGAACCUGAGUGA